UUUUAUCGGUUGGGAAAUUUUCACAUUAAUCCCAGAUUUCUCAAAAUUGUCCAUUCACUCCUUAGUCUAAACAGAUUUUCUCUAUGUCUAACUAAAAAGUCUUAUUGAAGCGGUUGCAGAGAGCCGUAGGCGAGCAAUGGCGUGGCUCUUUCAGCCUUCCCACUCUUUGCUCUCGCUUCUUCUCUUUCUUCUCUUCCCCCAUUCCCUCGCGUCCUCGAAGAAGCAGUCCGCGGCUGCUCGAAAGGACGACAUCCCCUUCAUUAAGUGCCAGGUUUGUGAGAAGAUCGCCCAUCAAAUCAUCCAUCAGGUGAAGCAAAAGGAGGCUCAGAUUUCGCCAAAAGAGAUAUCGGGGUUCCAGAUCAUUGAAAUAGCUGAGAAUAUUUGUAAUUUGAAGAAGGAUGAGUCGGAUUGGAUUCUCCAGAUUGAUCUCGUUGAGAAAGGCUAUAAGUUGGAGGAUAGAAUUGCUGGAGAAGCCUUUAUUGCCAAGUCCUCUAAAGAAGCUGAAAUGGAUAAGAUUUUGAGAUCUAUGGAGGGCAUGCCAGCCGCACCGGGAAUGAAAAUGUACUCGCGGGGAGAUUUGAUGAGUGGUAAUUUUGGUAGUGGUGAUGAAAAUGAUGACGAGGAAGACGAAGAAGAUAACUUCUCUGAGAAAUUGGGAAACAUUGUGAAGAGUAAAAACCCUCCCCAGCAGGACUAUAGACACAAGAUUUUGCUAGGUAUCACAGGGACUGUGUUAAAGAGGCAUAUAAACAUAGUAUAUGGAAACAUGCAAAGAGCUGGUGGAGAAAGUUUACAAAAGGUGCAAGUCCAGCAAAAGAAAAGAACAAAAUUGAUCUCUGAGUCUGCAAGAACCAUUUUUACGCGGUAAGUUCUGAGAUCAGAAAGUUUGCUCGAACUGAAUGCUGCGAUGUACCGGUACAAGAACAGUUAGGCAUUUUUGUUUCCUUCUAUUUCUAUCGAAAAGAAUAUUUAGAAUAAAGAGUUUUAGACAAUUUUAGAUAUGUAUCCCAAAACCUUGCCCCUCAAUGUCAAAGUGAGGUGGACGAUGCUUCAAAAGUUUUAAUCCCUCUCCAGAUUUUGUGUUAUUGCUGAUGAAACAAAUGUCUAGUUUGUAAUAAUUGACCAAUUUA